AUGGACAUCCUCUAUACGCACCUCCCGCCCGCGACGCGCCCGCGCCCCCUUCGAGGCCACCCUCCGUACGUCUGGACGAUCCCCACGCCGACCUACUUUCGCUUCCUCCGCCACUACAUCAACCGGUUCGCCCUCGGCUUCGAGCUCGUCUACGCCCGCGCGCUCCCCUACGCGACCACUACGGGCGACGGGACCUCCCCCCGCGCGAACCGCGCGUCGACGUCGGCGACCCGGACCCGCCUCGAAUUCCACCGGGACAUUACCGACCUCGUGACCUUUAGUAACUCGACCCUACGCGACCUAUACGUCCGCCGCGGUAGUGCCGUCCGUGACUUCUUUGACUACGAGCGGCGACUCGACCUCGCCCUCCGUCUCCUCGAGGAACACGUCGACUACGUCUUCAUCGCCUAG